AUGGACUUCUCCUCCUCCGGCAGCCACAUGGACUACCACCGCCCCUCGUCGACCCUCAGCUCAGUCGACCGGAAACCCUCCGCCUUCUCCUUCGACGACAACAGCACGCUGGACACCAACAUCCUGGACACGCCUGUCCUGAUGUCCCCGACCACGAGCACCCAGGGCAUCUUCUCGCCCGACACCUCCAUCUGGGAGGACUACUCCACCGGCCAGUUCGUUGACCGAACCGCCACGAGCUCAGUCGUCAACACCAACGGCAACAACCCUUUCUUCCAGGAGCAGAGCAACAACCCUUUCGCCCGCCUCCCUGCGAACCAGGCCGCUACCUACGGCCAGCAGACGUCGUGGCCCGUCCCAGAGAACUCAGGUUCACGGACGCCGACCGCCCCGAAGCCGCUGAAUCCCUUCGCCCCUGGCGACUUUGGUGCUGCUCCGCCGCCCUUUGUCUCAGAGCACUCGCAGCAGAUGCCGUACCACGGACUGCCCGUCCAGAGUAACGUGCGGCCGAGCUCCGUCUUCCCGCCAGCGCCUCCGGAGCAGCCAUUGUCGCCGCACACCAACUCCGAGUGGAUGGCCUUCAACCAGCAGGAGAUGGACUCACGGCCUGGACCCAAGCGCAUGCGGCCCAGCUCUCCUCCCCGCUCCUUCACCCCGCGCCGUGACGGCGGCAUCAGGAAGAAGAAUGCCCGUUUUGACAUCCCGGCCGAGCGAAACCUGUUCAACAUCGACCAGCUGAUCGCCAACUGCACCAACGAAGACGAAAUGAAGGAGCUCAAGCAACAGAAACGACUCCUCCGGAACAGACAGGCCGCGUACGUACUCUCCUUUGGUUCUGGCGUUGCCAAUUUGGUUCUGCCCGCCAUUUGGUUCAAGAAGCACACUGAAGAGCUAGAGGAAGAGAAGAAGUCGUGGACCGACAAGUUCUGCACGCUUCAAGAUGACUUCAACAACCUGCGACUAGAGUACGACCAGUUGAUGGCGGAGAAGGAGAACUGGCAUCGCGAGCAGAUGGAGAUGCACCAUAUGAUCGGCCAGCUGCAGUUCGACAAGGAGGAGCUCGUCCGCACCCACACCCUGGAGACCGGAGAGCUUCGCAAGAAGGUCUCUGUCCUCACCGAGAGGCUCGAGUGUGCCACCAGCAAUUCCGCAUCCAUCGCUCCCAGCACCACCUUCAACGACUUCACCUCUGACAUGGACAACCUGAACAUGGGCAACAGCGAGUGGGAGAACUAUGUCUUCGUCGGUGACUUCGUCGUCGACGAGCAGACGCCCCAGCAACCACAAGAGCAAACUCUCGCCGUCAUCCCGCGACCCAAGGACGAAGACAAGCCCGUCGCAUCCGGUCUCCUCCUUAUGCUGCUUCUCUGCGGCGCUUUCGUCGCAAGCAAGUCCUCCGGCUCCAACGCCCCGCCCAUCCCUCGCAUGCCCGAUGACGUUCGCGCCGCCUCAGCCACCGUGCUCGACAGCAUCUUCAAGGACGCUGGUGUCGCGCCUACUCUGACCGAACAAGGCGUCGUUGCCAACCGUGUGUCAGCAGUCGAGCCCGGCCCGUCCGGCAUCAACUGGCCCAAGGCCAUAGGGUCGGAAAUGACCGGCAUCUCUAGCUCAAGUCUCGACCAGCUGCACAACCAGCUCACGGCGCCGACGAAGGACCAGGAGAACGAGCAACUGUUCUCCAUCACGCCCGCGCAGUACAAUAGCAUGACUUCCAUCGACUUCUCCCGCCCACGGUACAGCAUAGCCAGCGACGACUACAGUGACCCGCUAUCGCCCAGCUCUCAGCCAUCGCACCGUCGCAACCUUGCCGAAACGCUCGCCGCCAUGAGGGAGCAGAACAAGGGCGAAGCUGCCGCUGACAUCUACACCCGCAGCCUGCUCUGGGACAAGAUCGCACCCGAGGUCGUCAUCGAAUUCAAGCGCAUGGUUGAAGAAUCUGCCGCGGCAUCGUCCCGACCCAGCACCUCGGGCGGA